CCUUUCUCUCUCUCUCUCUCUCUCUCUUUGUGUUGCUAACUUUAAGGCUCUAUUAUUUGAUUAAGUCGAGAUCGAGAUGCAUUUCAAUAACCCAAUUUAGAGGGUUUUGCGUAUUUUUUAUUGGACUCUUUUGAGCUCGGAAAUCGAAUCGGAGGAUCCGAAGGUGAAUGCAGCUUACGAUUUCAUCGAAGAGUAGAUUUGCCUGUUGGAUUAGGCCUAAUUGGGGAAUUAUAUAGCUGUAAGAUUGUAACUGAGAGAUAUAUUGCUAGCGGAACUUGGAUUUUUCCGGGAAGUUUUUUUUGAUCGUUUGGAGGAUAUAUGGGUAUGGACAUAGCUGAUAAGGAGAAUACAAGUCCGCUUUUAUUUGAAUUCUGCCAUUGCUACAAAGUUGCAAGCCUCACUGAAACCAUUCUAGACCCUGUCAAUGUUUCCAACUUAAAAGAUCGAUAUGUGCUUGGGGAACAGUUAGGUUGGGGUCAGUUUGGUGUCAUAAGAGUGUGUUCUGAUAAGUUAACUGGAGAGAGGCUUGCUUGCAAGUCUAUCUCUAAAGACAGGCUGGUUACACAGGAUGACAUGAAGAGUAUCAAACUCGAGAUCGCGAUUAUGGCCAAGUUAGCUGGCCACCCGAACGUUGUGAAUCUCAAAGCGGUUUAUGAGGAGGAAGAUUCCGUGCAUCUUGUGAUGGAACUAUGCGCUGGCGGUGAGCUUUUUCACAAGCUUGAGAAAUACGGGAGGUAUUCGGAGUUGCGUGCUAGGGUGCUUUUCAAGCAUUUGAUGCAAGUGGUCAAGUUCUGUCACGAUAGCGGUAUUGUCCACAGAGAUUUGAAACCUGAGAACAUUCUUAUGGCCACAAUGUCUUCUUCAUCUCCUAUCAAAUUGGCUGAUUUUGGGCUGGCAACCUAUAUAAAGCCUGGCGAAAAGUUGAGCGGGACAGUUGGUAGUCCGUUUUACAUAGCCCCUGAAGUGUUGUCAGGAGGAUAUAACCAAGCUGCUGAUGUAUGGAGUGCAGGGGUUAUUUUGUACAUUCUUCUCAGUGGAGUACCUCCCUUUUGGGGAAAGACUAAGUCAAAGAUUUUUGAUGCUGUCAGGGCUGCAGAUUUGAGAUUUUCUGCAGAGCCAUGGGAUCAUAUAACUUCAUACGCCAAGGAUUUGAUCCGGGGAAUGCUUUGUGUUGAUCCUUCCCAAAGGUUAUCAGCUGAUGAAGUUCUAGCUCACUCGUGGAUGGAGCAAUUAUCUGAAUCAGGUCAAGAAAAAUUUGUUCAGGAUGGGUUUGGCUGUGAAGGAUUGGAGAAUGGUGGAUGCUCUUUCUCCACACCAUGCGUUUCUCGAGAACAAGAUUAUAGCUUUAGCAUGGCACAAUUAGAGAAAUCAACCGAUAGCGAUUGUAAAUCAUCAUUCUCGUCUUUCUUACCGGUGGAUAACACACUGCCAAAUUCCGGUUUUGGUGGGUUUUCUCUUGAUGGGAAACAACCGGAAUCAACCUCAACUGGCUUCACAUCAACUGGAAUUCCGUCCAUGCCAAGCUUUACCUUUUUUAGCCCAGGCCCAGCGACGACUCAGAACAAUAACGUCACUGAAACAGAUGGAAAACUUCGAGACUCAAGUCCAAAGAGGUCACUGCCUUCUCCAGAUUUCUCAUCACAACUUGAGAGGCGUGAGGAAGCAGGGGAAAAUCAGACGGAAGCAGCAGGAAAGUCAGAGACAAGAAGGGAAAGAGGAAACUGGUCAAGAAUGUCAGGACUGCACAGCAAAAGGAACCGGACCAUAGGACUAGGAGAGCUAGAUCAGUUGGUUGUAGAUGUUGCAGUCACGGAGUCGAUAAUCAGAUGGGCAUCAUGCACGCAUAUUCCCACGGCUCCAUCCCUCAGAUUGUCGCUCGUCUGCUAGAACAAGAAGAAGACAACUGUUAUCAGUAUAAUUUGUAUGUACACAUCUGAUUUUGUUCCUGCAAUGUCUUUGUUUUGUAGUAAAACAUUUCCAUGGAAACUGACCGCAACUGUAUAAUACCAACCAGAAAUAGAUUUGUGAUUUGAUAUGUCUUCAGUAA